CAAAAACAAAAGUGCUGUAACCAAAAAAGUUCCCGGCAAAGUUUGAGCAACUUUUUUCUCACAUAAUUCUUAAAAGAUGUUUUUACUAAAAGCAACCCAGCUUUGCGCUCGCCAGAGCGCCCUGCGCGCCUUCCGUUCAAGUGCUUCGCGAGUGCUUGCUUCCUUAAAACAGCAGAAUGUUGUCAGUGCACCGUGUUUCCUACGAAUCCAGCCCCUUUCCAGCACCGCUGCGCGACUAGCUUCGCCCAAAAGCAUGAAGGAGGAACACUACCGCAAAAAGGACAAGGUCCCGCUGGACUUCCGGCUCGUGUACCGCGCCCCCAUGGAGCACUAUUUGGCGGCCUGCAACGUCAUCUCCUCGUUCAGCUUCGUCGCCUUCGCGGGCAUCUCGAGCUACGCCUACCUGCAGCACUUCCACACGAUGGCCGUCCCGUUCGACAUCGAGUACGGCACGCUGACGGCCAACGAGAACGAUCUGAUGGUGUUCCUCGGCUUUUUCCUGUUCGCCAACGUGGUCAUCCGGCUGAUGGUGAACCGGUACACGCUGCGGGUGUACCGCAACAAUGAGAAAUACAUCGCCGUCUUCGAGGGAUAUUUGCCCUUCACGCGAAGGCAGAUACAGUUCAAGGGUGGGGAGGUGAGCGCCGUACCGGAAGGGGGCAUUUUGCCGUGGCAGGAUGCGCGCUACAAAAUCAACGACAAGCCCGUGCUGCUGCUGGACGGAAACUUCCGCACGCCGUCCGAGCUGAACGCAAUGAUGAAGCAUGAGCGUUGAUUUUGUUUUGUUAG